AUGGAGGUUUACGUCAGGUUGAAUGACGACUGUGAGCACGACUAUGCUUUCCAAGUCGACAAAGAGGAUACGAUCAAGACUCGGGUUGAGAAGAUCUUUACUUCUAAUCUUAAUGAAAUUAUGGUCUUGAGGCCAACUAUAUUCCACGAAAAGAAGCCUUACGCAUUCAAGAAGUCUGUUCACCCUGGGUUUCUGACGGAAGGUGGCUGCUUGCUGUUUGAUUACGAUGCUGCGGAUCAGAAGUACGUGAAGGAUCUGGACUACGACAAACCUUUGUUUGAGCAAUUGUGGCCAGGCCAGCUGAUUGUGCCUCAAUGGAGAUACUCCAAGAAAUACGUGACCAUUUUCGCUCUCCUGAUGGCCGGAUGGCUGUACACAGAUUUGCCGGAUGUCAUCUCACCAACCCCAGGUAUCUGUCUAACCAACCAAUUGUCCCGUAUGCUGCUGCCCUUUGUGAGAAGAAUGGAGCUUUAUGAAUUGGCCGCUAAGCUGGAAGCUGAAAUCCAGGUUAACUUCUCCAGUGUGGAUGCACAAUGGUUGUUCUUUGUGCUCCACAUCCUAAAGAUUAUUCUUAUUAUUACUUUCUUCUACUCAGGUAUGGCCAACCCGAUCUCUUUCAACCCUUACAGACUAUGGAACUUGAGAAACGAACUUGAUGUCCACAACCCAAAGUUCAAGAACAUGUUGAAAUCCAUUGGCUGGAUCGGUGCUAGAAGAGCUACUUUUGACGCUUACCAAGGCAACUACUACAAUCACAUGCUUGAGAAGUAUGGUGGUCAAGUGCGUGCUUAUAGAGCUGGUGUUAUUAAGAGAAUUGCAAGCCCAGGUGUCCAAUUGCAUGAUGGAGAAGGUUUCCAAACCCCAUUGAAGGAGAGAUUUACUGGUUCGACUUUCAAAGAGAUGAAAGAAAAUGAGAGAUUUGUCUUAAGUGAGGAGUACUUCGUUGAAUUGGAAAAUAACCUGAAAGAAAACUUGGAUAAGUGCAACGGCGACAUUGGCAAGAUGAACAUGGAGAUCAGAAGAUUUAGAAGAUUCGGAAUUUAUGAGCCUAAUGAAAAGCUUCUUGAACUAGUCACGAUUAGAAGAGCAAGAGCUGAUAAAGAAAAGGCUGAAGCUGAAGCUGCUGAAGCUGAAAAGAAAAAAGAAAAAUAG